AUGGUGAGGAAAUUCAAAGAUGCAGUUUGUAUGUACAUUUGGUAUAUUUUAGACAGUUAAAGUCAACGCCUGUCGCCUAGGUAAACAUUUAUUGUGCCACAACUUUGAAGUGAGUAAUAUGUAAUAGCUCUUUUCCCCCUAUUUUAUUGUAGGAGCUGUGUAAAGUGGAGUCCAGUACUGAUUCCGAGUCAGAUGUCAGUCCAAGAUGGUCUGAUACCAGCACCAUGGUAAUAUCUGGCACUGUGAAUUAGUCUCAUUCUAUGUCCUUUUGACUGACAGUAAAAUGUUAUGGUAGGCAUAGUCUACAAUAAUUAUGAGCAUGCAUGCCCUUAGCUCUCAAACUCUACCCGUACGAAAAAAAAGAGCGUAUAACUGCGGCCAAAACACGUUUUUUUUCACUGCAGUAAUUUUGCAGUGUCACUGCAGUUAUUCUGCAAUUACUGCGUCCAAAAUACCACAGUUGAUUGCAGUUACUGUGCUUUUACUGCAGUUUCAAAACUGCAAUAUUUUUUUGUAAGGGAAGGCGCCGUUCAUCCUCCAUCCACGAAAUUACACUUCCCGAGUUACGUUUACACACAGGUGUCCGGAGCACGCUAGAUGGUGGUCACCUCUGUCUUCCGUAAACAAGCGCUGUAACAUGGAGAUAUGGCCGCGUGGAAACACACAUCCUAUCAAGGUGUAUCAAUUUAACCAUAAAAAAAAUAUUAUUAUUUCUCGCAGAUAUUAAAGUUAAGUUCCUUAUAUUUCCAAAACUGUACCGCAAGCGACGCAUGUUAAUGUUCAGAUUGAGCAUCGGACUCCUAACAAAACUCCCUUGUACAGAAGAUGCCUUUGUGCAAUGACUUAUGUGUAAUGUAAUGGAACCGAGUCAUGAUCAAGGACUAGCAUACCCUCACCUUUUGAUACAGGUUAAAAAUCCUUUAAAAUAGUUGCUUUUAUAACAUUUAAGUCACCAAACCACAAUGUUAUUAUGCACUUUUUAACUAGUUUCUACAAUGUUACUCUGAUCAGGGAUGUGCAAGUAGUGCCCCAGAGAGCAGACAACCCAUUCAAAGGAUGCUAACAUGUACACACAAACCGGUGGGACGAUUUUCGUAUCAUUCUUUGGUAAGUAGUAUUGCAACUCGCAAGCAUUGACGAGCAAAUCGCUUACAUUCAUACAUUCCUUGGGGACAUACUAUACUUACAGUAUAAAAUACCCAUCUCGCUUCAGUCCUUGGACCCAUAUGACGGGAGCUCAGAAGAUUCGGAUGAGUCCAUGGGUGGUCCCAGGCGACCGAGGCAGGGAGGCUGCAGGUAUUGGGGCAGGAGCCAAAGAAGGAACAAUCACCCUCCAACUGUCAUCCUCAAAGAAGUGAUCAAAAGUGGUGGUCUAAGGGAUGGCCCAAUGGAGCCGCAUCUCAUUGAUGUCCAGAUGAGGUCAGCAAGUGACUCUGAGCUAUGGACAUGCAGCCACAGCAAGGGGCGGGGCCCUGUUGCUGAGACAUCUGCAGACUCAGGAGUGCUUGCUACUAAAUCCUCCCCCUGCACACCAGUGUCUCUCACUUUUGUGGGGGCAGCAACCUCUGUCCACAAUGUCCAGAUACCAGAGAGCACUUCAGAGAAAUCUCCUGACAGUCCUGUCCCCCUCAGGGGUCUCUUCAAAAGGAAAUUCGGUCUUCCAGGAGCAGAGACACCACAAGAUGGCGGCCACAGGAAGAGGCAGUGUGUCACCAAAAUGGAGACUGGGGAUUCUCCUCCUGAGGUGAGUUGGGCCCUGACCAGAAACAGUCCCCUAGCCUAG